AUGACGGGUGAGGGAGGUCACGGGAAGAAGCGCCCGGCCCCAGAUGACCCCGAUGUCGCGCAACCGUUAACGAAGAGAUUUGGAGGCCUACGACUAGAUAAUAGCCUGCCAAUCUCCGCUCGGGCCCAACCCAAGGGGCAUAUUCAGCACCAGCAUAUCCAUAACCAGCAGAACCACAUUGACCAUCACCAAUUUAACCAACUUAACCAAGGGCGUUCUUCCCCCGAACCAAUGCUCUUGGAUGACACCAAGCAUACGACUUACAUUCACAACCUGGAUCAAGAAUUAAUCGAAGACGACUCUCCUGGUUUGGUCUUUGCACCAUUCGCGGAGAAAGUCCUCUCAGUCCCUCAAUCCGUCCUAUCCGACUCGAAAUCCUCGGGAAAAGAACUCGUUCUUUAUACGGAACCAUCUUCCCUGACGGUGCCCAGGGAAAAAGAUAAUGUUCGAAAGGCAAUUCUUGAAUCUCGAGCACGAGCUAGAGGGAAGGUUGAGAAGGAUGAAGUUACGGAGAAUGAGGAUAUAUACGAUCCAAUGGAUAUUGAUUAA